GCGGGACUUUGCCGAGCGCCGGGACCGCGAUCGCUCCGUCCCGCUGCGGUCUCGCUCCGCGCGGCUCGGCUCGAUCCGCAGCGGCAGCGUUUGGCUCGGCUCGGCUCGGCUCGAUCCGGAGCGGUGCCGCUCGGCUCAGUUCGGCUCGGUUUGAUUCGGGGGGGCUCGAUCCGGAGCGGCUCGGCUCGGCUCAAUCCGGAGCAGUGCCGCUCGUUUUAGUUCGGCUGCUCUCGAUCCGGAGCGGUUCCCCUCGGCUCGGUUCGGUUCGGCUGCUCUCGAUCCGGAGCGGUGCCAGGUACCGGGCUGCUGCUCUGGGGCUCGGCCAUACACGGGGCUCCCCAGCAUGGCUGCAGCGCUGUCGCCAAGAGGAAUGCUGAAAAGAAGGGGCUAAUGAGCACCAGAGAGGGAGGAUCUAUAACUUCCAGAUGGCAAUAAGAUUGUAAUCCCUUUGGGAAGAAUUAGGGACUCAUCAGCGCAGCAGAGCCUGGAGAGGGGAGCAAAGCACAACACCUCCGGCUCCGGGAGCACUGCGAGAGGCCAAGGACGCCUCGAUGUCGCCUAUGCUGGCCACUCUGCCCCGAGCUGCCUGGCUUUGUCCCGCAGGGCCCCGGUGCUGCCAGGAGCCCGUCCCUGAGCACUGAACUAUUUCUCAUUCUAAUUGAUCGCAUAUUCUUCAACCAAACCCCAUUUGAGUCCUGCUCCUCCCAAGGCAGAAAGGAACUUUGGCCCUUAACAGAAAGACUUCUUCCUUCUGCUUUUUAUGUCCCGUGGGAUUGUAAAGCAUCUUUCUCGCUGGAUUUCACUUCUCAUCGAGGUGCGUGUUGAGGAAUUACAGGCUUAUUCCCAUGGCUUUAUAAACUGCUGGGAUCCGAGGGUCUCUGCCUUCUGCGCCGCUGCCGUUCCCACCUGUCCGUGAUGGGACGAGAGCAGGAGCUGAUCCAGGCCGUGAAGAACGGGGACAUACCGAGCGUGCAGAAGCUGGUGGCCAAGAUCAAGGCGUCCAAAAGCAAGCUCCUGGGAUCUGCCAAGCGCCUCAACGUGAACUACCAGGAUGCGGAUGGGUUCUCAGCACUGCACCAUGCAGCGCUGGGCGGCAGCCUGGAACUCAUCUCGCUGCUGCUGGAGGCGCAGGCCACCGUCGACAUCAAGGACAGCAACGGGAUGCGGCCCCUGCACUACGCAGCCUGGCAGGGGCGUGUGGAGCCGGUGCGGGUGCUGCUGCGCGCAGCUGCCUCUGUCAACAUGGCCUCCCUGGACGGGCAGAUCCCGCUGCACCUCUCGGCACAGUACGGCCACUACGAGGUGUCGGAGAUGCUGCUGCAGCACCAGUCCAACCCCUGCCUCAUCAACAAGGCGAAGAAAACCCCCCUGGACCUGGCCUGCGAGUUCGGGCGGCUGAAGGUGGCCCAGCUUCUACUCAACAGCCACCUCUGCGUCGCCCUUCUGGAGGGACAGUCCAAGGAUGCCACUGACCCCAACUACACCACCCCACUGCACCUGGCAGCCAAGAACGGGCACAAGGAGAUCAUCAGGCAGCUGCUGAAGGCUGGCAUCGAGAUCAACAAGCAGACGAAGACGGGCACGGCCCUGCACGAGGCUGCGCUUUAUGGCAAAACAGAGGUGGUGCGGUUGCUGCUGGAGGGUGGUGUUGAUGUGAACAUCAGGAACACCUACAACCAGACAGCGCUGGACAUCGUGAACCAGUUCACCACCUCUCACGCCAGCAAGGACAUCAAGCAGCUGCUGAGAGAGGCAUCAGGAAUCCUGAAGGUCCGAGCUUUGAAGGAUUUUUGGAACCUCCAUGACCCAACUGCUCUCAACAUCCGGGCAGGAGAUGUCAUCACGGUCCUGGAGCAACAUCCAGACGGGCGAUGGAAGGGGCACAUCCACGAUGCUCAGAAAGGCACCGAUCGGGUCGGGUACUUCCCCCCGUCCAUCGCUGAGGUCAUCAGCAAGCGAACAGGCACGGUUGUCCCUCGCAUGGCACCCGCGCAGCAGCGCCAGGGUCCCCCCCACGGUGGGCAGCAGCUCCUCCCCGACGAGUGUCCUCACCCAACAGCCCCAAGCGGCCCCGCGGGCUGUGGCCACCUCACCCUAACCCGGACGGCCCCAGGCCCUGACAGCGCAGCAGGAGACAGGAACAGCGUGGGCAGCGAGGGCAGCAUCGGCAGCAUCCGCAGCGCCGGCAGCGGCCAGAGCACCGAGGGCACCAACGGGCAGACCAGCAUCCUCAUCGAGAAUGCCAGGCCGUUGCCCUCCCCCGGCGACGAUCUCCAGCAGCACCUUCUGGGCUCGGAGCCGCGCAACGGGCAGCUGACCCCCACGGCAGGGCCACCGGGCCACCAGAUCCCAGGCAGCUGCCCCCUCGGAGACAAGGUCUUCUCCCACCAGUUCUUGCGGCCUGAACAGCUCCUCGAGGGGAAGGACGCAGAAGCCAUUUACAACUGGUUGAGCGAGUUCCAGCUGGAGUCCUACACCGCCAACUUCCUCAACGCUGGCUACGAUGUCCCCACCAUCAGCCGCAUGACCCCAGAGGACCUGACGGCCAUCGGUGUGACCAAGCCAGGCCACAGGAAGAAGAUCUCCACGGAGAUCGGGCAGCUCAGCAUCGCCGAAUGGCUGCCCAACUACAUCCCGGCUGACCUGAUGGACUGGCUCAGCGCCAUUGGGUUGCCCCAGUACCACAAAAAGCUGGUGAACAACGGCUACGACUCCAUCACCAUCGUAACAGAUCUAACAUGGGAGGAUCUGCAAGAGAUCGGCAUCAACAAGCUGGGCCACCAGAAGAAGAUCAUGUUGGCCGUUAAGAAGCUCAGAGAUCUGCGCAAAAGCCUAAACCAAGCAGAAGCAAGUGUGACAAGUCGCAAAGUCCCUGGUGCCCUGGAUAUUGUCACCAUCGAGUCACUGGAGAACGGGGAGUGCCAGACCCCGCUCACUCCCAAAAUGACAACCUUCCAGGACAGCGAGCUCAGCUACGAGCUCCAGACAGCCAUGUCCAACAGCUGCCACGAGACGUUGGGCAUCAAGAGCAGCCAGGGGAUGUCACGGAGCCAGGAGAGCAUCGGGGUGCGGUCCCGGGGCUCAGGGCACUCACAGGACAACGUGCUGUCCCGGCACCUCUCCAGCCCCUCGCAGGAGAGCCUGGGCAGCGGGGAGAGCAGCAGCAGCAGCGGGCAGUCCUGCGCACCGCCCCGCAGCAAGGAGAGCCCAGCCGGCCUGCCGGGAUGGCCCAGCCCCGAGCCCUACGGGAAGGCUCCCUCUCCCGAGGGGCUGAACGGCUACGCCAAUGGCGGCGGGAGCCCUCUCAAGGAGAGGAACCUGCCUGAAGGCACAGAGCAGCACGCCCGGCCCGUGGCUCAGAAAGGGGCCGGGUCACCGGCGGGCACCCCCUGCACUACCCCCGAGACCCCCGGCAAGGUGACAGCCCCGUACGUCUUCAUGUACCCCCACGUCUCCUUGAAAUCCCCAACAGCCCCUUCCCUCCGAGGAGCGGAGCAGCCCAAGGCCCUGGCGCACCCGUACAGCUCCAUCUCCCCCGGACAGAAGAGCAGCCUGCAGGCAUCGGCCCAAAAAGCCUUCUCCUACCUGCACAGCCAGUGCGGCCCCGCAGAGCCGCCCGCCGCGGCACCCACGGCAGCACCGAGCACCUGGCAGCCUGGGGAGCCGCACAGUGGGGGCGAGGGCAUCAAGCACAAGAAGCGUUCGCACAGCCUGAACCGCUACGCGCUGUCGGACGGGGAGCACGAGGAGGAGGAGGGGGUGCCCACCAGCACGCUGGGCUCCUACGCCACACUGACGCGGCGGCCGGGCCGCAGCCAGACACCACGGGGCUGCCUGCAGGCAGACGCCAAGGUGACGCGCAGCCAGUCCUUCGCCAUCCGGGCCAAGCGCAAGGGCCCUCCGCCACCACCUCCCAAGCGCCUCAGCUCCGUCUCCAGCGCCCUCGCCGUGGAGGCAGACAGCGAGCAACCUCCUGAUCCUGAGCGGCCACCUGCUGCGCCCCAGGACGUGGCCGAUGCGGGUGCCAGCCCCGGUGACACUGGACACAGCAGGACAGUGAGAAGCCUGGCAGCUGCACUGGAGGGGACACCGGGGACAAGUCCAGCCAAGCCCCUCCUGGCCCCAAAACCACUGUCCGUGGCUCAGGACUGUGUCCCCAGGGCAGAUGGGGACAAUGAAUCCUACGAUGGUGGUGACAAUGACAGUGCCACAAUUUCAGAGGCCAGCAGGGACCCCUUUGAGAGCAGCAAGCCCCGGAGACGGACAGUCAGCGAGCCUAGCGCUCCCAUGACAGAGGCUGCACAGCACAGGCAGGAGGACGCCUGCUCGGACACGGAGGAGGAGGCCAAGCCAGGGGUUUCCUCUUCAUCCUCCCAGAACAGCUCCAGCGAGUGCAUCCCCUUUGCAGAAGAAGGCAACUUGACCAUCAAACAGCGGCCGAAGCCUGCCGGGCACCCCAAGGCUGACGCGGCUGUGCUGGAGGCAGAGCCCGGUUCCCAGCCGGCCGAGCCCCCCUGCUCCGCUGGGAAAGAGCUGGCAGUGCCCACUGCCGCCAAGGAGCCGCCUUUGCUGGAGUUCAACCUCACCGAGUCGGACACGGUGAAACGCCGUCCGCGCUUCAAGGAGCGGGAGCCGCUGCAGGCGGUGCUGAAGGCAUUCGGCGAGGCGGGGGCCGGCCCUGCGCCCCAGUACGCCCAGGCGCAGGCGGUGAGCAUCGCGGGCCCCGCUGUGCCGGCAUCACGGCCCGCACUGGCCACUGACGCCUUUGACGAUGACACCAUGGAGUUCAGGAUUGCUGAGAUAGAGAAAAGCAUCUUGUCGCUGGAAAAGGGGAUCAGGAAGGCACCGAACCCCACCAAAUCCCCUGGCCCUGCGGAGCUGCUCGGCACCACCGUGGUGAGGACGCCUGCUCCAGGUAUGUGGGCUUGUGGGGGUCUCCAGGGUGGUGGUGGUGCCCGAGGCUCCCUCCUGCCUGCUGGGCUGGUAUGGGAGGCGAGGAGGAUGUGUCCCAUCACGUGCCACAAGUCCUCUUCCUUUGCAGAUGUCCCCAAGCACACCUCUGUGGCAUCCACCAAGCUUGUCUUCUCCGGGCCCAAGACCAUCUACCAGCAGGUCCUGCAGCCGUCCCGCCACACUGUGGCUCCCUGGGCCACCCAGGCGGUGCCGGAUGUGGUCGGACCCCUGGCUGGUCCUGGCUCGCUGGCGCUGGAGGCAGGCAGCAAGGUGUCGGCCAAGGCUUCGGUGGCUGUGCCGGGAGCCGGGCUAGCCCAGCAGCGGCUGGAGCAGAGCAGCUCCACGUUGGCUGCCACACUGCAGGUGGCCAAGAAGAUGACAGUGGAGGAGCUGGAGAGCCACCCUGGGGCAGUGCACUCUGCCAAGAACAUCCUGGAAGACAUCAGCAACAUGUUCGAUGACCUGGCUGACCAGCUGGACGCGAUGCUGGACUGAGGCUCUCUUGCUCCCUCCUUCCCCUCCCGCCUCCGGCUGC